UCUUAUCUGCAAGUCUAGAGAAGCUCCCUGAGAACUUGCUACUUUCACUUUCACACUGUAUAUAUACACGAUGGACGUGAUUGUAGUAGGCAGCUGUAAUGUGGACCUUGUAAGCUAUGUUCCACGACUGCCCACAGCGGGGGAGACGAUUAUUGGGACUAAAUUUUCUCAAGGCUUUGGUGGAAAAGGUGCAAACCCAGCUGUGAUGUCUGCUAGACUUGGUGCUAAAACAGCUCUCAUCAGUAUGGUUGGAGACGACACCUAUGGAAAAGAAUACAAAUUGAACCUCAUGAAGAAUGACAUUGACAUAAGUCACGUUGGUACCACAUCUAAGGCAGCCACUGGUGUAGCUCCCAUCUUUGUCAAUGAAAGUGGUGAAAAUUCCAUUGUUGUAGUUAAAGGAGCCAAUGAUUAUUUGACAGUGGGAAACUUAGAAGCUGCCAGAGAUUUAAUGCAGAACUCUAAAAUCCUUCUGUGUAAUCUGGAAAUUGAUCCCAAAGUGACAUUAGAAGCUCUAAAAAUGGCACACUCCUGUAACAUACGAAGCUUAUUUAACAUGGCACCAGCCAGGGCAGGUCUAGAUCAAUAUUUCCAGUAUUGUGAUAUUCUUGUUGUCAACGAGUCAGAGGCAGAGAUCAUCACAGGUAUCCAGGUAUCUAGAGUCCAGGAGGCAAAGGUCGCUGCCGAAUCCAUCUUAAAGAAAGGUUGCAAAGUUGUUGUUAUAACUCUGGGAGAAAAUGGUGCUGUUGUGCUGAGCCAAGAUGACAAAGAGGCUAUUCAUAUCCCCACCCCUAAAGUCCCAGCUGUGGAUACUACAGGUGCUGGAGAUGCUUUUUGUGGUUCCCUGGCAGUGUUUCUUUCAACCAAACCUGAGUUAGGACUGCAAGAGUCAGUGUACAGGGCAAACCGGAUAGCCGGAAUCACCGUUCAGUCCCCGGGGACACAGACCAGUUACCCCCACCGCAAGGACCUCUCUCCUGAGCUGUUCAGUGAGGAGAAGCUAUUGAAAGAUGUUUAAGAGGCAUUGAAAGAAGGACAUAUAAUGACACAAAUACUUGUAUAAUACUUCCGAUUAAAGUAUUGAUAUAAUUCUAUUAUAUAAACUGAUUGCAUGAAUGAGGUGGAAACAAAUUAACAUUAACAGAAAAGUUAACCAUUGAAUUAGAAAAGGUAAAGUGAUGAAGAAAAAUCAAGUCAAUCUGUGAUUAUUCACAAGCUGCACAGGAGACCCUGAAUUGUUUUGUCAGUGUAUUAAGAAUCUAUUAGAUUGACCUAGAUUGAUAUCAUGCUGCUGAAGGAACUUUAAUUCUUAACAAAUACGCAAGAUAAAUAUACACCAUACUUUUUACGGUUGUUUUUACAGGUUGUCAGUAAUUUUAAUGUAUAUGUUGUUUAAGAAAUAAAGUUAUACCAAUGGUUAAAAUGAAAA